UAUUCCAGCUCCAAGCUCACCACUUCACCACUGGCCUGCCUUGGACGCCUCUAGCACCAUGUGGCUCUUGGUUCUGUGCCUCGCCCUGUCACUGGGGGGAACUGGUGCUGCGCCCCCCAUCCAGUCUCGGAUCAUCGGAGGCUCAGAGUGUGAAAAAUACUCCCAACCGUAUCAGGUGGCCGUGUAUCAUUAUAGCAACCUCCAGUGUGGGGGCGUCCUGUUGAACCCCCAGUGGGUGCUGACGGCUGCCCACUGCUUCAGCGACAAUUACCAGCUCUGGCUGGGUCGCCACAACCUGUUUGAUGAUGAAGAGGAAGCUCAGUACGCCCAGGUCAGUGAGAGCUUCCCGCACCCAAACUUCAACCUGAGCCUCCUGAAGAACAACACCCGUCACCCUGGAGAGGACUACAGCCACGACCUGAUGCUCCUGCGCCUGACAGCCCCCGUGGACAUCACAAAGGCUGUGGAGCCUGUGGUCUUGCCCACCGAGGAAGCACAGAUCAAUACAGCCUGCAUUGCUUCUGGAUGGGGCAGCAUCGAACCACAAAAGUACAAGUUCCCGGAUGACCUCCAGUGCGUGGAGCUGGAACUCCUGGAUAAUGACGUGUGCAGGAAAGCACAUCCCCAGAAGGUGACGGAGUUCAUGCUGUGUGCAGGGCACUUAGAGGGUGGCAAAGACACCUGUGUGGGAGACUCAGGGGGCCCACUGAUCUGCAAUGGGGUGCUGCAAGGCAUCACCUCCUGGGGCCAUGUCCCAUGUGGCAGCCCUGACAAGCCUGGUGUGUACACCAGAAUUACCAAAUACAAGCAAUGGAUAAAGGAAACUAUGGACAACAACUCCUGAAUGCCACCUUCUCCCCACUCCCAAUAAAGCCAAAUACGCAUCACA